AUGGAUAACAUUGUGGACUCAUUGAAUAAAGCUUACGAGAAGUUUGUUCUUGCCUCGGCUAAUGUACUCGAGGCUAAAGAGAGUGCGGGUGGGCAAAAAGCUUUGCUUACUGAUGUUGCGUUAGAGAAUUUCAAGGAGAAAUGGGAACUGUUCCGUGUCGCUUGUGAUCAAGCCGAGGAGUUUGUGGAGUCUGUGAAACAGAGAAUUGGAUCUGAGUGUUUAGUUGACGAGGCUACUGGUUUAACUACUUCGACAGGUAACUCAGGGCAAGUAGCAGCUGUUGGUGCUGCGACUAGUCUCCCGCCUAUUAGUGCGGUAAGACUUGAACAGAUGAGUAGAGCUGUUCGAUGGCUUGUUAUCGAGCUGCAACGUGGCUCUGGCGUAGCUGCUGGGUCUGUGCAUUCUUCCUCUACCGGGUUUGAUGCUAGAUUUUCUGAAGACUCGACUCAAUAG